CAUGUAUCUUUUCUUUGUUGACAGUGCAAUCUUUCACACGAAAUGAAAUCUCGUUUGAAGUCUCGCCGAACACGAGAUUAAUGGCCGCCUCCAUAGUGGUUGGAGGAAGAGAUUUUUGAGGUGGAGUACUUUAGGCUGCCCAUUAGAGAUGGCCCAGCAGUUAGUUCAGAAUGUUGUUGAUAUUAUGGAUAAUGCCCACUCCCAGCAACAACAGCUGACUGAAUCCAUGAAUUCACUGUUAGAGGCCAAACAACAGGUUAAAUUCAGUGCAGAACAGUCAAAGAAAUGUUUGAAGGAUCACUUCAAGUGGUUAGAAGAAAAAGCAAAAGAAAAUUUAACCCGGAGGCUCAAUGAACUACUGUCGGAAGUUGACAGGGUUUCUGAGGAGGCAUUAUCUCCCCUUACAGACUGUGAGACAAUGCUAAAUUCAGGCAUCUCAGCCGCUGCCAGGGUUAUGGAGGAUGGGAAGAAGAUCUUGAGUAAUAACCCAAAUGACCACAUUGAGGACUUGGUGAAGUUUAAAGACAAUCCUGACACCAAGCAAUUGCAUAGUGUCCCAGAGAUCCCCUCCCUGGCGGACGUGCCUUACCUCUCUGUGGACAGCUUCCACCCUGACCUGGAGAACAAACUGCAUCAGCUGUUUGAGAAUGAGGGCCGGGUACUAGAGAGGGCACCAGCUCAGAUCUCAGAAAUAGAGGAGCGACCAGGAAGUCUGUUGAUUACCUGGGCAGAGGUGGAUGAGGAGGUUGAAGCUGGGGAGUUUUGUUUACAAUACUGCUACGGCCGAGUCCAGUCAAACGAAGACAAAAACGUGACAUUCCACACGGCGUACACCGGUCCUAACACGUCCUGUAAGGUGCGACACCUGAGGACCAGUACGCCGUACUCCUUCAGGGUCAGAUCACGCCCGGAGGGGGAGGAAAAAUGGAGCAUCUGGAGUGUCCCCCGGACAGCUGUCACAACCAUUCCACACUACCAAUGGAACAACACAACAGAAGGAUACAGUACGAGUAAUGAAGACAAGACCGCCACGAGGUUACCUGAGGGUCCGACUGAAGUCCUGUACUCCAGCAGUAAUAGCUACCGUUGUGGUUUCCCCAUCACGUUCCGGGUCCUGGAUGCUGGCGAGAAGACGCCCUUUGAUGGAAUUGGUCUCUCCGCUAAUAAUGAGGACACGGACACAUUACAGAGGAGCAGCUCGAUUUUUGUGGCUACAUCAGGAAGUGUUUUUGUAGAUGGUCAGGAGAUGAAAACAAAGUUACCCAUGCUGACAAGAGGGUCAUCUGCUACCAUAGAAACGGAAGACCUUGGGAAUGGUAAGGUCAGGGUCAGUAUUGAGGUCGAGGAUAAAGCUGUGACCUUUGACUGGAAGGUAGAGCAGCCCCCGAGUUCCAGCAGUCUGAUGGGUCUGGGGAUGGGGGCUCACACCACGUCUGUCUGUCUGUACUUUGGAAUGAAAUUCAGCCACGAGGACUGGAAAGUAGGAGUGGAAUGAGAGAUAAAAUGGUGAUAAUUUUAAACUGUUUAUUCUAGUCAAUUUGAAGAAUUAUCAUGUGGCAUCAGGAGAAAAUGAUCUCUUGGCAUUUAGAUGGUGCAUUAUGAAUAUCAUUUCUUGUUAUUAAAGAUUCAAAGAGUACGAUCAAGCCACUUUCAGUAUAUUUUAUUUUCUUAAGAUAUUUGUUGUUUGCUUUUUCUAGGACAUCAUAUUAUAAUUCUUUUUUUAAAGCAACCAAACAUAUAAAGAUUUUGGUCAGUAUUUGCACAGUAAGAUUUAAUAUAUAUUGUAUAUCACUUCAAAUAGAAGACUGUGUUAUUUAACAGCUGAAUUGUAAAAGAGAAGGCUGUUUAUUGAUCUCUGUAGAAUUGCUCAGAGGAGAAUAUUGCCUAGUCAGUAAUAUUAUAAGGAUGUCCAUAUUUUUCUAGGCUUUAGAUAAAAACAUAAUGACUUUGUAUAACCUUGAUACAUAGAAAUACAAAUGGAGAAAGGGCUCAAAGAGAAGAAAAUUAGUUUAUUAAUAAAAUAUUUUUGUACAAGUUUUGAUAUUUUAUGCAUCAAAAUGAAAGUUGUAUUCUUUAUGCCUGAAUUAUAUAUUUGAAACAUAAUGUUAUAAACACAUGUAUUAUACAUUGUAUGUUUACAAUCCCUCACAUAUCACCCUGUUAUAACUAGUGUAUAUUUCCCAAAUAUUAAUCCCAUUAUACCUGAUUUGUAACUUAACUACUCAUACAUGUAUAACAUAGUCGAAUGUGACUUUUAAGAAUUUCAAGUUUAAAAAAUUCCAAGUAAAAAUUGUGUGUUUUUCACAUGGAAAUUUCAUGUAAAGUUUUUUUUUACCAAAUUUUAUUCUGCUCUCUUUUCUAUGUUGAAGAUUUUUGGGAUAUUUUUUCAAACUUAAAUUUGAUCUGAGAAUAUUUGU